AUGAUUACCAGAGGGAGCUGUAAAGGCCUCUACGACCUUACCUCUGAAGUGCGUCAUCGGUUGAGUGAGCUUAAGCCGCGGGCGGCUGCCAGGACCCGCGUCGAUCUUAACAAGAUCAUCCACCACAACAAGAGAAGGGAGCUCGGCCAACCUUGGUUUCUCGAGCAACUGAUUGCCAGUAUAUCGUUGCAGCUUCAAGAACAUGACCACCACCACGUCUCCGAGAAUGAGCCAUCGACGCUUCUAGAAGCUGAUCAACCAUCUCCGAGCAAACCGCCAACAUCUGUGGAGUCCUUACUAUCAAACACAAUCGGCAGCAUUGCUAGUUCUCAAAGAGUCAAACUAGUCUUCUGCCCUUCACUUGCGCAUCUACGCGCAUAUCUGUCUACUUUCCAGUUACGCCCAUCGCAUGACAGCAUCGACCCUAAGAAGCAAGAUGCAGGACGUGGAAAACCAGUGAUAGCGAUCCUGGACUUUCUCGCUGUCCAUUAUAUGAGUACCCAGUUUUCGGCACAAGGCCUAUCGCAGACACUUGCUCUUGCUGUAGAAACAGCAGCUCGAACUGAUUUGACUAUUCUGUUAUGCGAAUGCAAUGAUGCAAUGAAUCCAGGAGACCGUGAUCGUGGCCCUAGACUAUGGGAUUUACAUGUGCCUCUGUUGAAUGGUGGAUCAAUUCGAUCAGAUACUGGAAGAGCAUCGUCAUCCUCAUCGUGGUCUGGCAGACAUGUCUCUGUGCGACAAGUAGCUCAAAGGUGGUUCAAGUUUGAGGAAUAA